AUGCACUUCCUGGACCAGAACCAUCUGCUUUCCAAUGUCAAGCAUAGCUUUCGUAGAAGUAGGUACUAUGUGACCAAGUUGCCGCUCUGCAUAGAACGUUGGACUGAAGGAGUCGAAAGAGGGCACACGGUGCAUGCUGGCUAUAUUGACUUCAAGAUGGCCUUCGAUAGCGUGGCACACCAUCGCCUUGGUUAUAAAGUCAGCUGCAUAGGAGUAGGAGGCGGGCUUGGAUGCAUACUUCUUAAUUGGCCGCUCGCAAACUGCCCAGAUCACUUAGUGUUCGCCAAACGUUCCAUUCUCGGCCCAAUUUUACUCAUUGUCCACAACAACGAUUGUGUCAGCCAACUGAAUUUCAAUAUGGCCAUAUUUGCCGAUGAUAUUAGGCUCUGGCGCGUCAUUCGAACUGCGGCUGCCGAAGAGAACUUGCAGGUUAAUCUGAAUCGGCUCAAUAAAAUGGUCAAAGGACUGGCUCUUACCAAUUAA